CUCAAUCUCCUCUCCCUGCCGCCGUACUUCUCUCUCUCUCCCCCACUUGUCUACUCGCCGCCCCGACCCGUAUCCAUUCCUCAUCUUCAGAAAUGGAGGUGGACAUUAUGGAAUUGAGUAAACCUGAUACCGUCGAGAUGAAACUAGAAGAUGAUCCAGAUGCAACAGAGGCUUCAAGCUCAUUUGGUGACAGUCGCGCAUCUGGAAGAGAGAAUGUUUCCACAAGCGAUGUUGAAGUCGAUUCACGUUUUUGUUUCGACAAUAAUACCUUUGGCUUUGAUGGUCUCGAAAACAGCUCAUUAUUCCCUUCGAGGAAAAAGAAGAUGACUGCUCACUGGAGGAACUUCGUACGCCCGUUAAUGUGGCGAUGCAAGUGGGCCGAGCUGAAAAUGAAAGAUAUUCAGUCACAAGCAUCCAAAUACGACAAAGAACUCGCAGCAUACGAUCAGAUGAAGAAAAUAGAAGAUCAAUUGAAAGUUCCUGGUUUUGCAUCCAAGUCUUCUUCGUGGACAUCUUCCUCGAGGGCCAUGAUGGCCCGUAGAAAGAUCAUGAAGAGAAGAAAACGAAAGAGAGUUGAAGAUAGUAUCGACGUGAAAUCAUAUGUUUCGCAACACUGCCUUUUUUCUUAUCUUGGAAAUAAGAAUUCCAUUUCAGAUGAAGAGUUCUUCUGUAAACCAGAACAAACUGAUAUUGCCCAUGAUAAACUCAAUAUGAAUGAGGAUUGGCUGUUUAAUAAUUCAAAAGAUGAUCUUGAACCGAUCUUACUAAAGAUCGAAACCACACAGUCUCGCAUACGGAAGCUCAAGUCUGGACUCGCGACUUUGAUUUCAGAGAACGCUAGCAUGUUUUCAUCAUCGGAGAAUUUCAGCCUUCAUAUCCCGAGUGAUGCACAGACCAGUUGUGCUCGAGUUGACGAUUUUGUAAAGGCUGAAAACUGCAAUGGGAUUGAUGUUCCCGACAUCAUUGAGAGCAACGUUGGUUUGUUGACCUCGGUUGAUGUCACUACAAAUGUUGAUGUCACUACAAAUGAAACGCAAGUUAAAGAUACAACUGAAGCGAUAAUGGAUAAUGUCCAAUUACAUAAUGGAGUGGUAAUGGAAACGAUAAAGAAUGAACGAAUGAAGAAGCAUUCAGAAGCAGAGACAAAUGUGCAUGGAGAAAUCAGCAAUCUUUGUAAAAUUUCAGCAUCCAACGCAAAUUUUCGUCCGAAUAAUGGGAAAGACGAAGACCAGAAGCAACCAAAGGCGGUUAAUGUAGGCCUAGCACAUGGAGAAAGCAGCAAUGUGUGUAAAAUUUCAACAUCAAACCCAAAUUUUCAUUUGAAAAUUGUUAAAGAAGGACCAAAGGCGGUUAAUGUAGGCCUAGCACGUGGAGAAAGCAGCAAUCUUUGUAAAAUUUCAGCAUCAAACUCAAGUUUUCGUUCAAAUAAUGUUAAAGAAGAACAGAAGCAACCAAAGGCGGUUAAUGUAGGCCUAGAAUCGGAUAUCAGUUUUCCGACGGCGAAGCGAAAGAGAGGUGAACGUAAGCCCAGCUGUGGACGCGGUUGGAACAGGUGAAAUGGGGCUAAUGGAAACACAUUUUCUUUCUGAUUUUUAUUUGAAAACUGAACUUAAAUUAGACACAAGUUUACAAAUUUACAGAUGAUCUUGUUCAGAAAA